AUGACCUCCGCUAUCCUGUCGGCAUUAAAUAUCCUCACCAGACCUGUGAGCGAGGCGUCCGGACACGAUGCUCAGUCCUCACAGCAGGACGUUCUGCUGGCGGCUCUGGAGGCCAACAGGACUCUUCUGCUGGAGCGUCUCCAGACGGACGGCAGCUUUGAGGAGGUGAGGAGACUUCAGCAGGAGGCAACGGCGGCGGCAGGUUGGUUCUGCAGCGACACACAGGACGCCACAUGGAGCUUCGUCCAGGAGUGUCUGCUGCUGCUGCUCGCCCUGACGCGACACCUGUCUGCUGAACUGCAGCGUUUCCAGCAGCAGACUCCGCCUCCUUCUGCAGCCAGACACCGCACACCUGAGAUGGCUCCGCCUUUACCCCCCGACGUCCUCAGCGUCGCCCAACAGAAGACGCUGGCGGCUGCUCUGCAGUUCGUAGUGUCCUUGGGACUCUGUCCUUACCUGGCCCCCGGCGUGGGCGUGCCGCUGGGCCGCAGGUCAGCGUUUGGAUCCAUGGUGGAGAAACUGGUCUGUGGGGGGGCGGAGCCUGCAGGUGGACGCCGCCUUCUCACCACCACGAGUGUCCUGCUGCAGCUGGCGGAGCUGUCGUCUCUCGCCACGCUGGUGUUCACGAGACAUCUGGGAGACGUGAUGGCGGCACUGUGUCAGCUGGGCUACCAGCCUCACCGAGAGGAGCAGAGGCCGCUCACAGCUGAAGAGUGUCGAACGUGCAAAGAAUCCCUCAGAAGCCUCCUCGGAAAAGUCUACCAGCCGAUCGUUGUCAAGGAGCUGCUGGUCCUCCAGGGUGGACCCAAACAGGCGGCUCCAGCAGGGAGCUCCGGCGGGUCCGGCGGGUCCGGCAGCAGGGCAGGUCUGGGAUCAGCCCCGGCCUGGCUGAGGCGUCUGUGCGGUCGGCUGCUGUCUGAGCGCCUGAUGCAGCCGAAUGGCGUCCAGGGUGUUGUCAGAGCUGUUCUGGAGGGAGGAACAGGGGGCGAGUCUGACUGGAGGAAAUGCGACGCCGUGGCUCGGAUCCUGGUCGCAUGUCCUCAGCAGUCCACGUCUGCAGACGCCUACUUCAGCAACGUCUGUCCUCAG